UAAUGCACAUAAUCAGAAAGUGUUAUUUAGUACGGUUGAUAAAUUACUCCAUCGAAAGCCAGAAAAGCGCUAUCCAACUGCGUCAUCAACGACUGAACUUGUGAAUAAAUUUUCAGAUUUCUUCAAUAAUAAGAUUGCUAUUAUAUGGAAAGAACUAGCCAUCGAUUCUUCCCACUGUAAUCAGCGAAAUCAAGAGGAACAAUAUGCACAAUGCGUUAAAUUCAUUAACUUUCAAGAAGUCACGGAACAUGAGAUUGAAAAUGUUAUUGAUAAAGUUGGUAAAAAAUCUUGUGAACUUGAUCCAGUGCCCGCAAAAAUCUUUCAAGGUUGUCAGAAGACUCUCUUACCUAUAAUUACUAAGAUCAGUAAUGAGUCACUUCAGUCAGGUUGUAUGCCUGAGAUACUAAAAGAAGCCGUGUUGAAACCAAAACUAAAGAAAGAUUCGCUAGAUUACGAAGAAUACACAAAUUUCCGACCUAUUUCAAAUUUAAAAUUCCUGUCUAAAGUAAUUGAGAAGGUUGCUGCCGGUCAGCUUCUGGAACACUUGGCUAAUAACAAAUUAGAAGAACCCUUCCAGUCGGCAUAUAAACGUUUUCAUAGUGCAGAAACAACCCUAUUAAAAGUACAAAACGAUAUUCUUGUAGCCAUUGAUAAUCGUAAGUGUGUGGCGUUGCUAUUACUAGAUAUGUCAGCAGCAUUCGAUACUGUUGAUCACGAACUUUUACUACGAAUGUUCAAAAGAUUUGGGAUAGAUGGGCAAGUGUUGAAAUGGUUUCAGUCCUAUCUUCAGAAUAGAACGCAAAGUGUAGUGAUUGACGGUGUUAAAUCUAUCUCUAAAGACUUGCGCUGUGGAGUCCCACAAGGAUCAGUUCUCGGCCCUAUACUAUAUUUACUAUACACCUCACCCCUUGGUGAUAUCAUCAGAGGUCAUGAUCUUGAUUUUCACUUUUAUGCAGACGACUCGCAAUUAUAUCUCGCUUUUGAGUCAACCACUGAAGGAAAAGCGGGAGCACGGGUACAAAUCGAAAUGUGUGUAAAGGAGAUUGAUUUGUGGAUGGUCAAAAAUAAAUUAAAAUUGAAUGGGGACAAGACUGAGUUACUAGUAAUCAAUGCACGAAAUCGUUUAUGCCCUGCUGUACACCAUAUAGAAAUAUCUAAGUCAAUAGUUCAACCAAGUACUUCAGCACGAAACAUCGGUGUAACCUUCGAUCAACACAUGUCCAUGGAUAAACAUAUUACCAACAUUUGCAAGAACUGUUUUUUCCAUUUGAGAAAAAUAGCAAGAAUAAAAGAGUACUUAUCAAAAUCAGAUAUCCAAACCCUAGUUCAUGCCUUUAUUACAUCGAAACUAGAUAAUUGCAACUCUUUGCUAUACGGACUACCUAAAUUUCUUAUAGAUCGAUUACAGAAUGUGCAAAACUGUGCUGCUCGUCUGGUGACAGGAAGCAGAAAAUACGACCAUGUUACUCCAUUAAUGAAACAAUUACAUUGGCUCCCCAUCAGUCAACGCAUCAUCUAUAAAAUUGUUCUUAUCACGUAUAAAUCUCUGAAUGGCUCAGCUCCACAUUACAUUAAUAAUAUGCUAAAACCUUACACACCAUCAGCAAAUUUACGCUCCUCAUCCAAAGGAUUGCUUACCAUACCUUCAGUAAAACUAGUGAACUAUGGUGAACGAUCGUUCUCAUAUGCUGCACCGAAACUGUGGAACGAACUGCCAGAGUAUAUUAGAAAGAGUGAGACCUUGCCUAUUUUUAAAACCAGAUUAAAGACACAUCUUUUUAAACAGUAUUAUGACUAAGUUAUUAUUUUAACAAGAUUAUUAGCAAUUUUAUAGUAUUCUAUAUAGUUGUUGUUUUAAUAUUAUCAACAUAGAUAACAUAAAGUAAUUUUAUAUUCUUAACGAGAAGAGCAUAUAAUUAUUUUUUAGUAAUUUUAUCUAGUAUAGUAAUUUUAGUAGUUAAUGCAUGCACUAUGUUCUAACACUUAGUAUAUAUUUUUAACACUUGAUGUUAAGCGCUAUUGAGCUAUGGGAAAUGGCGCUAUAUAAAUGAAUUAUAAUAAUAAUAAUAAUAAUAAUAAUAUAUAUAUAUAUUUAAAAAACUCAUUAAUAAUUCAGGAGCAAAACACAAAGAAAAAUCAUAAGCGUGUCGUGGUUUUAUAUGUGAUAAAAUAUCAUGUUAAUUUACAUAAACUUUAGCUUUGAUUUUCUCGGUUUAGACAAAGUUUAUUUUAAAAAUUACUUCGCCAAUGAACUCGUAUAAGACGAGUCGUUUUUUAAGCCAUUUAAAGCACUUGUAGUCGUGUUUUAUCACAUAUAAAACACUCCGCUACGCGUCGUGUUUUAUAUGUGAUAAAACACUCCUACGCGUGCUUUAAAUAGUACAUAUAUAUAUAUAUAUAUAUAUAUAUAUAUAUAUAUAUAUAUAUAUAUAUAUAUAUAUAUAUAUAUAUAUAUAUAUAUAUAUAUAUAUAUAUUUAAUCUUAUAAAUGGUAUAAGAUUAAAUAAAUAUUGCUCUACAAAUUUUUGUAUUGAGCACUCUUUAAUCUACUGCAAUAACAAAACUUUGUUAUAUAUAUACAUAUAUAUAUAUAUAUAUAUAUAUAUAUAUAUAUAUAUAUAUAUAUAUAUAUAUAUAUAUAUAUAUAUAUAUAUAUAUAUAUAUAUAUAUUGCUUAAGAUUUUGGUUUACGAAACACAAACAGUGCUCAAUACCAUAUAGAUAGAGCGUAAUAUAUAGUUUUUCGUUUUACCUCAAAAACCACAAUAGUCUGUUUCAUCCGUGUAGGAAUCAUCAGGUGAUGAAUAAUUUCGAAAUUGUAGGUUGCUUUUAUGCUAUCGAAAGAAUGUGCGGAAUGCGUGUAGGCGAAACAAUGCUUAGGUGAAACAAUGCAUGCUUGGGUCAUUAGGUUUUGUUAACGACCUUGUUUACUCAAAACCGGUUUUUGUGACGACAUACUGUAUGCCGAAAAUUUCGCUUCUUUUAUUGAGUAAAUUGUCUUUGUUUAUGUCUUUCAAAAUGCAAAAUUUUUCUUCCAAACAUAAAUUGCAGCGUUUUGAUCCCCCUGUGUACGAAAUAGCGUGUUUUAAAAUUGACCAUUUGAUGGUAUAAUCCUGAUUGUUUUCUUUUAAUUUCCAAAUAUGUUUCGAAAGUUCCGUUUUGUUUGAGUCUUUUUUAUGACGAAAAGAUGAAGUGUGGUUAGCGUAACGUUCCUUAAAUGUAGUCGCUGUCAUACCAAUGUAGUGUUUAGUGUCGUUCGUGUUGUUCGUUGUGACUGUUGCUUUGUAAAUAAUGUUGUUGGUCAUUCAUUGUUUCGGUAGUGGGCAAGCGUUUUUGUUGUCGCAGUUACAGUUGUCAGUUUCCGUAUUCUGUGAUUGACUGUUCCUAAUUAUAUGUGCGUUGUGUUUGGUGAUUAUAGACUUAACGUUGUUCAUGCAACUGUAGCUUACUUUUAAAGUGUUUCUGUUAAAAAUCUUGUGUAGUUUGUGCUGUAGCGGGAAGUGUUUGUCAAUUAAACUUAAGAAUUCCCGUCCUAUGUUCGUGUUAACACUCUUACUAAAUUGUGGGUUGAACCAAAUUGUGUUGCGUUGCCUAUUCCUACGUGUCCGUUGCGGUGCAUUCUGAGUGUACGUAAAUUCAUGAUCAAAGUUACUAUGUGUAAGAGCGUUCUGGUAAAUAGGUGUGGAUUCCUUAAAUGUUUGUUCGUCUGAUGAGAGAAGUGCAAUGCGUUUGUUGAUAGCUGUAGGUAAUUGUCUUGUAAUGCUUGGUGGAUGGUUUGAGUGUCUGUUGAUGUACAAUGGAGUAUAUAUAUAUAUAUAUAUAUAUAUAUAUAUAUAUAUAUAUAUAUAUAUAUAUAUAUAUAUAUAUAUAUAUAUAUAUAUAUAUAUAUAAACAAGAACCGCUGCGAAAAAUGCAAUUUGUAGGUCUCUGGCAGGGAUCAAACCAGCGGCCCUGCGAUUCCGCUGCAGCGUGCUAUAAACCAACUGAGAUACAGAGACCAGUUGCAUUAAUUGCAUGUCAAUCUCUAACCACAAGGUGGAUGUUUAUAUACAUUUAUUAUAGACCUAACAAGGCACAUGCAGCUGCGACUAUAGGUCCCUGGCAGGAAUCGAACUUGUGGCUUUGCGAUCUAAUAACAUAUUACAGACGAGUAGCAGACGACUGCAGACACGGAAUAGACAAUAGACAUGUAAACUUUCUAAAUUCGACCUCAUUUAGGCCCAUACAGGUUCAUACGGCAAAUGAAAUAUGAACAGUCGUCGCGCAAAUAAUAAUAUAUAGUGACAAAAUGUAGUUUUGUAUCUAAAGUGCUGAGGCGCGUGAUUGGCUGAGGCGCGUGCUCAAUAACUCCAUUGAGCACUGUAAAAAAGCGAGGGAAUUUUUUGCCUCUUCUCAGCAAACAUUAAUUCCCGAUAACUUUUACAAACCUUUUCGUAAUUUUAAUCAAUAAAAUAUAUAUUUUGUUGAAGAAAAAAUACUCCGACAUUUACUUUUGACUGACACCCACUUUAUUUUAACAUAAUUUAUGUGUAAAAAGUCAGGUUUAAAGCCUUUAGACUGCAUGGCUAUAGACCACCAGCGAAGUCAAAAAGAUUUUUCACCUAUUAUAUUUGCCGUAAGAAAAACACACUUGGCUAAACUCGUGAUCUGGAACCUUGCAAACUCGUCAAAUGGAACCUGGAGACAGUAAAGUGAACCUCAGAUUGCAAGAAUCUUUAAUUAUUCUAACUUCUUCAAAACAAAUGCUGACAGCAUGUUCAAUUCAAGCAAGAAAAAAUAUAAAAAAGACAAACCAAAACACAAUGACUAUAGAUUCGUAACAACUGUAUAAAUAUGCAUAUGCAUGCGCAGAAAUGUAGAGUUAAAUUCGAAAUAAAUGCCUCAAAAUAGCUGCUUUCUUUUCCACCAGUAAAGGGAAAGUCUUAAAUCAUCGCAAUAUUGAUAAAAUUUCGAUUAUUUGCAUUUGAAGCCCUCGAUGGCAAGCUACUCAGGAUUCAGGAACGUUUUGAUAUUUGCAUAAUUAUUCAUUAUUCGUUUUAUUGAUUAUUUUGACAUGCUAAUUAUUCGAGUUAUAUUGGGCACUUAGGAAGUUGAGAGACUAUAUGCUCAACUAAACUCAAGCGCUAUGGUAUAGGUCUCGGCUAGCGCCUAGACCAACUCUUUCGCUUUUUCGUCACACACCUGGAGUUGUAUAAAGUUACCUUGGUUAAAACCUGGGAUUGUCUGUCACUCGUGUAUAGUUUUAAAUACUUAAGAGUAUUCUCGUAUGUCACUUGUGCGAAUUAAUUUUUAGUAUAAUAUUCGCUCUUUUUUGAGCAAUAAUAUUCUUCAAAUCUCCAUAUAUUUCAACGAACUCAGUUAUAUUCUUACAGAAAAUGUUCCAGCCUAUUCAUGGGAAAGUUUCAUGGGUAAGUAAGUAUAAACAAUUAUAUAAAUAUAUGUAUAUCUUGGCAUUAUAGUUUUAAUGAAUUAAAUGAAUUAAUACAUCGUGUAUUGCAAUGCUAGCGCAUGGUUUACGGAAAGAGGCGCUUAGAAUUAAAACCAAUUAGGAUAAUUUGAACAACGGUGUUGUUUUACUCGGAAUAUCAAUCCACCCUACCCUUGAAAAUGUGGGCCAGAAGAAUUAGCGUUUGUUUACAUGAUCUCGACUAAGCGGGACAGGGAAUUUCCCACUUUCAAGUCGGUAAUAUAACUUAUUAAUAUGGGAAUUUUAAUCCAUACUAAUAAAAAGUGAAUGGAAACAUUCAUUUUGCCGUUCUGCGGACUGUAUAAUUUAGUUCAUUAAUGUCAACAUGCCAUCAAUAAUCAAUAUAUCAUACAAUGGUUUCUCAUAGCCUUAAGGUGGCUCAAUUCAGUUUUUGAAAUAUGACAAAUCGUGAUUUAGACUUAAUUUUUUGGAGAGAGGUUUCUUGUUAGAAGACAAAAAUUGCACCACAUGUAUUGAACAAUCUUUUAAGAGUUGAAAAUUGUUCGCAAAAAUGACGUCAUUACUGUUGCUAUGGUAACAAUGACGUUUCAAUAUGGCCGACAUUUUACCUUUUAACACAUUUUAUUCGAAAAAAAGGCCGGUCAUCCCCAUUUUUUAUUUCGUGAAACGUUUUCAUUUAGGAAAAUGAAUGAUGUGAACAAGUUUAAAAAAAUUCUGGAGAUCAGAAUUUUUUAAAAAUUGAAAAACGUGAUUUUUCGUGAUAAAUAUUUUUUGGAUCUACAGAAUUUUUUUAAACUUGUUCACAUCAUUCAUUUUUCUAAUUGAAAACGUUUCAAGAAAUAAAAAAUGGUGGUAACCGGCCUUUUUUCGAGUAAAAUGUGUUAAUAGGUAAAAUAUCGGCCACAUUGAAACGUCAGUGUUAAUUUUCAACUCUUAGAAGAUUGCUCAAUAUAUGUGGUACAAUUUUUGCCUUCUAACAAGAAACCUCUCUUCAAAAAAUUAAAUCUAAAUCACAAUUUUGUCAUAUUUCAAAAACUGUAGGGAGCCACCUUAAUUCAAUCUCAGUUUUUCUCAAUUUAAUUAUUAUAUAAUUCCGUCACUUUAUAGAGACACAGAGUCAGAAAUGUAUUCUUUAGUAUUUUUUCUUUUCUUUUAGCGGAAUCUGGUGGAACAUUGGGUCUUUUUCUUGGUGCCAGCUUCUUGACCAUAGCAGAAUUACUGGAUUUAAUCUGCCAAAUUGUUGCUCUUCUGUUAAAGAAACGACAAGAAAAUAAUAUUAAUUAA